AUGGCCGAAGUCAACGGCAUAUCCAAGCUUGAGGACACUGGUUCUGUUUCUGCAUCACACCUAGGCAAGAGGAAGCGCACGGUAUCACCGGAGGUUGCGCCAAAGGACUCUGCUGUACAAUCGGCUCUGCAGGAUCUUCUGCGUAUUCUCCGCAAACAUGACACCACCCCCUCACUUCUCAAAUACCCUUUACCUCCCAAGUCCGAGGCCCCUGAAGCCAAAAGAGCCCGUCUUGUCAAGUCAGAAUCCGCCAACGAUACUAUCGAGGACCGUAUUCUGACAGGGACGUAUAACUCCUUCCAUGCCCUGAAAGACGAUGUGCGAAGUGCCCAAAACGCCCUGGUCACCGAUCUGUCCGCUACGACACAGAAUGGCAAGGUGGAAUCCGACGUCCAAGUGCAAUUAUCAAAGUUAGUCAAUGUACUGGACAGAUAUGAGACUAAGUCGUCCGAAGUCAUGCAAACCAAUGGCGAAGUCUUGCCUAAAGCGGACCUGAUCAGUCAAAAUCCUAAACAAUUCCUCACUCUGCGCAGCCAAGUCAACAAUGGUGUCCAAAUCCUAUUCUCGGGUCUACAGGUUCAACGGCAGCCUGAAAAAGAGGAAGCAGAUGGUACACCCGACACUGAAAGCUCAAGACUACCCAACGGAUUUGAACUUACAGACUUUUCGCCAUUAGGCGGAGAUCGAGAAGCAGCCAAGAAGCAAGAAAAGAGGUUAUUUGGGACCGUCUUUCGCCAGGCUGGCCGGAUCAAACCUUUAGACCUCCCACACACGGCAAGGGAUGUAGUGAGAGGUAACACCCUGGAAUUCAUUCCAAACUCCAGCCGGACAGAGAACAUACCCCAGAACAAGCACGACUACAAAUUUGCCCGGUUGGCCACGAGUUCAUGGCUUUCAUACUCCACCACAAGUAACCAACCACAACAAGAAGAUCGAAGAAGGGUACAGCCUGCGUCCAGUAACAAUGAUUUCAAGGCAGCCCUCGAGGCUAACAGCGUGCGACAGGGUCAUGAAUUGAGUCCGGAUGAACUCUUCAGCUCUGUCUAUUCCUCAUUUGCACCUACUUCAGACAACUCGUACUCUCUCGUGUCUGAGAAAGAUAAAAGUCGGCAAUGGUGGAAACAAUACGGUGAGCAAAAGCUCUCGAGGCUUUUCAGGACAAGUGACACCGCAGUAUCGCUGGUCGAUGGCGAAAGCGAAGGAGCUGAAGACAAAGAUGAAUUUGCCAAUGUGGUCGCGCAGUUCGAGCCUCUGCAAGACGGAGAAGAUGAGCAAUCUGAAAACACAGAAAAGGAAGUUGAAAAGCUCCUGGAAGAGGUUUCGGAAAUGAUUGAAACUCUCAGUUCCUAUCAGAGAAACCGCAGCCUUGAGACCAUUGUUGCUGGCACGGUACCGAAGCCAACAAACCCGGAAAUUGACACCUUUACAAUGCUGAGAGACCAAUUGAACAUCUUGGUCUCGUCAUUACCCCCUUUUGCUGUCGCCAAACUCAACGGAGAUAAACUCGAAGAGUUGAACAUCUCCACAAGACUUGUUGUUGAGGCGCCUGACUACCCGGGUACGGGACAAAUAGACGAUUACAUGAUGCGUCGACAAAAGAUAGUCCAACACGCGGCAACAGCAGCGAGCCGCACAUCAGGGACUCCUCAGCAAGUUCGCCCGAAUUAUUCGCAGGCACAGGGAACCCCGAUGGCAUACAACUCUCAAGUUCGAAAUUACAAUGCGUCUGUGCCAGCCACUGCGGCUUACGGUAUUCGUACACAACAAAGUUAUCAGACCCCUACAAUGGCGCGACCAACCUAUCCGCAAAAUGCAUACCAAGCUUCCGCGAACCCCUACUCAUCGUCGCGCCCUACGAUCCAACAAUUCCAGCGACCCUCCAUACAAAAUGGUUAUGGAGGUUACGGUAGUAACGCGUCAGCAUCGGCGCCAACUCAGCCCCAAACUCCUGGCGGGUACCGGCCAACUCAACCAGGAUAUCAACAACGUGCGCAAGACAAUGCUGCCACGCUGGCACGGUCUGCUUCCCCACAGAAGCCACUGGUUAACGGCGCUCUUGGGCAAGGUCACCAGUACGCGCCUCGGCAAUAUCAGGCUCAGCAAAGUCAGCAGCCACAGACACCGUACAAUUAUCAGCAGAGGCAAGGCUCUGGAACACCCAGCACACCGGUUACGGCCGCUGCAGCUGCAGGCGCUUAUAGUGGCAGAUACGAUGGUGCUGCAGGUGACAGUGCUUCUCAGACGAUAGAGAUUUCUCGGUGA